UCAUUAGAUGCGGGCGCUGCGGGCGGUGGCUUUACCCGCUCCCCCACAGUGCCGGCCCCUCCUGGGAGCCUUUCCCCGUGGGAUCCAGCUGUCUGCUAACAUGCCUGGGAAAGCAGAGGGAGCGGCCCAAGGACUUAGGCCCCUGAACCUGGAGUGGAGCACCGGAUACAGUCCCUGGCUUCUGCUUCGGCCUGGCCCAACCCCGGCCUUAGUAGCCACCUGGGGGUUGAACCCCCAGAUGGACGAUCCUUGAGCGAGAGCAAGAGGCAAGAGUGCUCGCGAUGCCCCAUGCUCUGCUUCUCUCCCCAAGCGGCUUCAACGGCCAGCGCCGGGCCAGGCAGAAGCCAGGAGGCUUGACCUCCAUUCAGGUUGCCCAGGAGGCAGGGAGGCGUGGUCCCUGGGUCACAGCCUGGAGAGGCCGCACUGCAAGCGGCCCUGGGGCGUCGGACGCUGGACACGGCAGGCAGCGCGCAGGUGCGUCCCGUGGCGCCACGGCGGCCGCCCGUGGGGAGUGCGCCUGCGCCCGGCGCUGUGACCCGGAAGUGCCCCUUGUGUCCCGCGGUGCUCAGGUAGGAGUCCUCGCAGCGUCCCGUCCGCUCCUGCCGGAGAGUCGGUGCAAGCCUGCGGGAGCCGUCCUGGACGCUGCCAGCAGAGCCUGCGGGAGACCCAGCGUCCCCCCGGGUCAGGCCAGGCUCAGGCCGGGCUCAGAGAGGCUGCGGCCCGAGACAGCCGCAGCAGUUACCUUGCAUUUCUGGAAAUUUGUAGGCGCGGUCCUCUUCUUCGGCAGCUUCCGGAAGACUACCCCUCGGGACUUGGUUCCUGUUCCAGAGGAGCAGAAACGCUCUUUCGUUGCGUCGUGGAGUUUUUUGUUGGAACAUGUGCUGAGCACUGACGCUAAGCCUUCGAACAAGGAGGUGAGCAGCCAAGAGCAACACCUGCAGGAAGGGCCGGGCUGCUGGUGUCGGAAGAGUGGCAGUAGAUUCAACAGGACCCUCAGGUUCGUCCCUCCUCGCCUGACAUUUGUGCCUGCACCUGGGUGAUGCAGAGUCUUGUGUGCUGUGAGAUGGUGAGUCUGGAUGCACCAGAUGAUUGCCGGCUGCCCCUCACAUGCUGCCAGGCACCACCCAGGACAUGGUUAAGAAAGUAGUUGCCCCCUCUGCGACUGUCUCAGAUGGUGAAGUGUCGUAUCUCAGACACCAAGGAAGUUCACAUAGAGGUACACACCUUGCUGUGGAUGGAGACACAAAGCCUGCUCAAAGACUGGACAGGGACACAUUGAGAAGGGCAACCUUGCCGUGUUCCUGACAGGAAGUAGUCUAUAAAUCACCGGGCAACAGAGUUGGCAGCUCUCACGGAACUGCAUCAAGAUCCUGUCCGACUUGUCUGGAAAGCACAAAUAGAUGGUGUCAUGUUUGCACAGAGGUUGACCAUAAACUGUCCCUUUUUCUACUGCAGUGGGUGUCCAGAGCAUGUUAAACACCACACUACAGAAGGAGCCUCUAUAUUUCCCUGUAUGGUGUACAAUUAGAAAAAAAGAGAGCUACUGAGGCUGUUAGGUAUUCUUGAGCGAGUAUGUGCAGCCCCCACCCCUGAAUGGCAAAGCUGCCCAUAGGACAGUCCCAUACAAGCUACCUUGGACCCAGUGGAAUUGUUUAUUCACUUACUUAAGCAUUAUUCAUUGUUUCAUUGAAAGACAAGAGAACAAAUUUCCCAUUGGCUGGAUCACUCCACUUGAGUGGCAAGGGCCCAAAUAUCUGAGCCAUCCUCUGUUGUUUCCCAGGGUAUGCAUAAGCAGGAGCCUGGAUUUGAAUGCAUGACCAGGUAUUGAUCCUCUGUAAUUACUCUGUAAUGGGAUGCUGGCACCAAAGAUGAUGUCUUUAAUUGCCAUGCCAAAUACAAUGUAUUGAUGCCUUUAUAUUCUAAUUUAUUAGAAUGGCAGUGUGAGAUAGAGAAAAAUGUUUCCAUCUGUUGGCCUCAACCCCAGAGCCUGCAAACAUUAUGGAAGGGCUGGGCCAGUCGGAAGCCAAGAGCUCCAUCCACUUCUCUCACAUGGUGGAAGAGACCUAAGUAUCUGACCCAAUGCCUGGUGCCCAUCAGAGUGUACAUUAGCAGGAAACUGGACUGCAAGAAGAUUGUACGGAAAUCCAGGCACUCUGAUAUGGGGCGUUGAUAACCCAAAUGGCAUCUUAACAACUCUGUCACAGUUCCUUGGCCAUUGUUAUAUUGUAAUGAUUUUUUAUUUGGAAAAAAAAAACAUUAUGGAGGGAGAGAUAUAGGGAUACCAUUCAAUCCACUACCUCGCUCUCCAAAUGGCUGCAUCAGCUACAGAUUAGCCAGGGUGAAGCCAGGAGCAGGAACUCCAUCUUCUUCUCCUACAUGGGUUGCAGAGGCCUGAGAUCUUCAGACAUGAUCCACUGUCUUUCCAUGCACCUUAGGAGGAAGCUGGAGUGGAAGCAUAGCAGCUGGGGCAUGACCCAGCACUACAAUAUGAAAUGGAAACUUUGUUAGCUGAUGCCUUACCUGCAGUUCCACAACGUCAGCAUACCCGUCGUUAUUUGUAAGAGCGGUCCCACCACAGGACCAAGCAAAACUUCUGGCCCUGUUGGCAGCCACUUCAGAAGUUAAUCAAGUUACGCAAACGCUAAGCACCCUGGGAAAUACCAAGGUGGACACGUAGAGUGUUCACAGCCAGAGUUUCCUUCAACAUCUCCCUGCAAUCCAGUGCUAUGUAAUCAAAUGUGGUGCUCUCUGACUUGCUCUGAUCCAUUGUGCACAUGAUGGGGCCUAUUCUGAACAUCAACAACAAAGUCAAUGGCUUUGCAGGCUGCACUGCUGCCUACUGGCUCAUUUCAGGCAAGUCUUAUGAGUUUCUCCAGACCCUCUGGACACCACUGAGGCCCUUCUAGACAGAAGACCACCAGAGAUUCAACAAUGGUAGGCUUCUUCUGCAUACGAAGGGUAAGCUGUCAUCACCAGGCAACUUUAUGGAUGACAACCACCGUGUAGUAGGGUCACAUUAUAGAGCCUUGUGGGUCAUUGGGCACUAACUCCUACGGCAUUGUGAUCUUUCCCAGUAGAGUGCAUCUGCCCAGCAAUAUUCAUUGACAGACUAUGGAAAGGACAUGCCCUUGGGUCGACUGCCAUGGCCACCAUUAAGACAGGACCCGACCUCUUCCCAUGAGUCCUUGUGUUGCUUCUGCCCACUGCUCAGCUAUCAUUUCUGUUCCUUGGUAUGGACAGCCUAACACUUCUGUUCUUCACCUAGAUCAAGCCCAAGUCUUUUGUACCGAUGUGGCAUGCUUGCCUAGAGCCUGGACAUUUAACACACACCUCCCUAUAUUGUCAGCACCCUAAAAUAGCCACUCAAGCAAGACAAGUGGGGAAUUGGCAUAGCUGUCCCUGACGUAGUAGAAGUAUUAUCUGAAAUACGCUGAGUCAUCUAUUAACCCACCCAUCAAGCACCUUCUCAAAGCUGGAGGAUAGGAUUGGAGGCAUCCUGCAGAUUACCACCACUUCAAGAAGGUCAUGCCUCGCUUUGAAUUUGCCUUACUUGACAUUACCAGACUGCCCCUGAGAAUUUUGCCAUUAUUGGUGUGGCAAGCACUUUAUUGUGUCCCGUGGAGAUUUGGGGCCAUUUACUUUUUAACUUGAAGGCCAACACUGCACCUUUAUGAGACUUCCAGUGGGCUGCCUCUCUGGUCCCCCAGGGCUCGGGGUCUGUGUUAAUAGGCUCUGGCUGGCCUUCCGUUGUCAUCUAGCAUCCACCUGUGACUGUAUGUUGAGGACAUCGUUUCAACUGAUAAUCAAGAGGAGGAGGAAAAAUGGGCCUCAAACAUCAGCAUCUGACGACUUGUCCCAGUUGGUGUGGACCUUAGUCCCAUAGGAGGUGAGAGCUUGCAACCUCAAAUUUUUGGUCUACGUUUUGAAAAAGGAAUUCAGAAAAAUUCCUCAGCAAAUCCUCAGUGACUGGGUUUCAACCAAGGAAGCCCAGCACAUUUUCACUUUCUGAUAACACCAACAUCCUCACCUCUAGUGAACUCUUAAGACCCACCUGUCUCACCAGUCACCCACAAGGAUGCACCUUGGUGGAUAGUUUGUGGUUCUGAGGCUCACACGGGUAAAGGACUUGAACUUAGCUGUGAGCUUUUAGUGACACUACUGUUUGACUCACAGAGAAUUUGGACUACCUCACUCAGCAUCAUGAGCUGGGUCCUGGCCUCCAGCCACUGGGAAUCUCUAGUUAGAUGGAAGUGGACAGAAUGUGUGAUCAUCCUACUGGUUCUUGAGCAGCCCACCCUCACUCAAGGCCAUCUUGAAAUUCACAUGUCCACCAAUUCUUGGGACAUCACCAAUUGCUGGUGGCCUUUGUGUGGCCUCAGACUGGACAAUCCAUACCCUUGCAUUGGAGUACCCCCUUUGGUGGGACACUGUUGAUAUCUGUGCUACGGGCCUAACCUCACUGACCAACUCUCAGCUAUUUUGAUUGCCAAAAUUCUACUGCCUUUUAAUGUAGCAAAACCGCACUAUGUAUUAUCUACAUCCUUGCUUUCAUAGUGGAGUCUCCCUGGCUUAUAUUAUUUGGGACAUCAUAGACCUGUCGACUUGGAUUUCAGCUUGUAGCUUUCCUAUUGUAUCCAAGUCAGUUGUGGAAGUCCCCAAGGAAUGCCUGCUGUACAGACAAAACUGUCAUUCCUCUUUGUCGCAUGGUUGCAUUUGGAGUGGUGAUUAUUCACAUGCUACCUGGCAAGUGGAUUUUAUUGACCUGCUGUAGCAAAUGGCAGGUGCUUCCUGUUAUGUAAGCCUAUAGCAGACUUCUCUUGCUUCUUUUUUCAUGGCUGAAAAUGUCAUCAGAGUCUAAGUACUUCAUCCCUGGUGCAUUAAACAUGGAACCAAAAGUAUCUGAAAUACUUAGUUCCUGUCCAUUUGGUGUAUACACAGCAAUGGAGUUUCUAGUUCAUGUGAAGGUUAUUUUUUUUUUAAUUUUGAAGUUAACAAUAAUUGUACCUACUUAAAGGCUGCUGUAUGAUUUUUUGGUACAUGUCUGCAAUGUGUCCUGAUUAAAAAUGGGAUGAUCAGUAUUUCCCUUUGUUUGUUAGUACUUAUGAUUAAGUCUUGGGAUUUCUUCUGUAUGUUCAUACAACACAUACUCCAUUAUUGUGAGCUAUCCUCUCCAUUAUUCUGUGUAACAUUAGGAAGUCAUUUCUUUGAUCUUACUCUGAUUUGGUACCCAUCAUCCAAACUCCUUGCAUUUUCCCUCCAACCUCUUACAUCCCUUAUUAAUUAUUAUAUAUUCAUAUUGGUGUAUUUUAAAGAUUUAUUUAUUUUUAUUUGAAAGGCAGAGCUGCAGAGAGAGGGAGAGACAGAGAGAUGUUUUCCUUCUGCUCAUUCACUACCCAAAUGGCUGCAACAGCUGCAUCAGAGCAAAUUCAAAGCCAGGAGCCAGGAGCUUUUUGUGGGUCUCCCAAAGUGGAUGUAGGGGCCCAAGCACUAGGGCCAUCUUCCAUUGCUUUCUCAACCCAUAACUAGAGAGCUGGUUCAGAAGAGGAGCAGCAGGGUUAUGAACCGGUGCCCACAUGGGAUUCUGGCACCACAGGCAGAGCCUUAACCUACCAUGCCACAGCACUGGCCCCCCAAUUGUUUUUUUAGCUUGUGUUUGUGAGGGAGUGGGUACAGUAUUUGUCUUUCUGUGUCUGGAUUGUUUUCACUUACUUCUAGUUUCAUACAUCUUGCUUCAAGUGACAGGACUUCAUUCUUUUCAAAUGGCUGGAUAGUAUUCCAUUUUGCAUAUAUACAACAAACUCUUGACUGCUUCGUCUGAUGAACUCUCCGCUCAUUUUGUUUGCCAAGAUACUAUUCCCUUUUAGUGAGACAAAAAUGCAGUCUACUUUAUCUGCAUCCCUGCCCUCAUAGUGGAGACUGUGGUAGGAGAAUGAGUUUCUGCUCCCGGGCAUAUCUGAUUUGGGGACAUCUUAUGCCUGUCAAUUUGGAUUUCUGAUUGUGGUUUUCCUAUUCCAUCCAACUCAGUUGGAAAAGUCCCCCAGGAAUGUCUGCUUUGCAGACAAAACUUAAAUCAUUUCUUUUUCUCCCACGGUGGCAUUUGGAGAAGUGGUUACUCUCACAUUCCGCUUAGCAGGUGGGUUUUAUUGGUCUGCUAUUUCAAGAGACAAGUGAUUAUUAUUGAUGGGCACACCAGAUGCUCCUUGCUUUUUCCUUCAUGGCUGAAAAUGUGCUUUAAACAUGGGACUGUAGAUACAUGAGCUACUCCCUGGUGCUUCAGACAUGGGGCUAUAGAUACACAGAACUACUUAUACUUAGUUACUUUCUGUGGGACAUGUACCCAGUGGUGGUGUUGCUGGUGCACGGUAUUGUUCUGUUUUCUGAAAAUUUUGACAUUAGCAAUAAUUUCACAUACCUAAGGUCUACAGGAUGAUGUCUCGGUGCAUGUCUGCACUGUGUCCUGUUGAAAAAUGGGAUAAUCAGCAUUUCCCGUUCUUUGUCACUAUUUUAUGACAGAAGGCCUGGAAUUUCUUCUGUGUGUUCAUGUAAUAUAUACUAGGUUAUUGUGAACUAGUCUCCUCACUGUGCUGUGUAACGAUAGGAACUUACUCCUUUGAUCCGACUCUGAUAUUGUGCCCCUCAUCAAAACUCCCUUCAUCCGCCGCAGUGCCUACCAUCCUUUAUUAAUCAUUAUGCAGUCAGGUUCUUAGCUUGCGUAUGUGAAGCUGUGCACGUGUUAUUUGUCUUACUGUGUCUGGCCUUUUUCACUUAACAUGAUAUCCUCCAGUUGCAUACAUUUUGUUGCAAAGGACAGGAUUUCAUUUUUAAAUGGCUGAAUAGUAUUCCGUUUGGUAGAUACACAACAAAUUCUUGAUCUCUUUAUCAGAUGAUGGAUUCGUUGGUUGAUUCCAUAAUUUGGCCGUUGUUAACAGUGGUGCAGUAAUCAUGUUGGAACAGGUGUCUCUUAGAUCCAGUGAUUUCAUGUUUUUUGGAUGAAUACUGAGUAUUGAGAUUAUUGAGUCAGAUGGUGUGCUAUUCUUAGUUUUUAAGAAAUCUCCAUGGUGUUUUCCUCAGUGGUUGUACUCAUUUGGAUUCCCACACUCAGUAUAUGAAAGUUCUCCUUUCUCCAUAUCCUUGCUAGAAUUUUUUACGUUUUCUUUUUGAUAGGCAUUCUAGCGUUAUGAGGUGAUAUAUUUUUGGGGUUUUGAUUUGCAUUUCUUUUUUUUUUUUUUUAAAGAGAUUUUAUUUACUUGAGAGGCAGAGUUACAGACAGAGAGGUAGGCACACAAAGGUCUUCCAUUCGCUGGUUCAGUCCCCAGAUGGCCACAUUGGUGAGAGCUGAGCCCAUCCAAAACCAGGAGCCAGGAGCUUCUUCCCAGGUGGUUGCAGGGACCCAAGCACUUUGGCCAUCUUCCACUGCUUUCCUAGGCCAUAUGCAGAGAGCUGGAUCAGAAGAAGAGCAGCCAGGACAGGAACCAGUGCCCACAUGGAAUGCCAGCCCUGUGUGCAUAGACUUAGCCUAGUAUGCUGCAGUGUGGGCCCCUAUUUUCAUUUCUCUGAUGACUUGUAAUAGUUUUUUUUCAUGUAUUUGUUGGUCAUUUCCUUUUUUUUUCUUUUGAGAAUUGUCUUUUUAGACCCCUUGUGCCCAUUUCUUAACUGUAUUGGAUGCUUGAUUUUGAAUUUGUUGAGUUCCUGGUAUUCUGGCUAUUAAUCCUUUGUUGGAUAAGUAAGUAGUUUGCAAGUAUUUUAUCCCUUUCCAUUGGUGGUUUAUUCACUCUAUUACUGUUUUCUUUGCUGUACAGAAGCUUCAGAGUUUGAUCUAGUUUUACUUUUGCUACCUGAACUUCUGGGGUUUUAAACAAAAAGUCAUUGCCUCUACCUCUUUUAAGAGGUGUCUCCCUAUGUUUCGUAUUUUCAGGUCUUUGAUCCAUCUGAGUUGAUUUUUAUAUGUUGUGAAAGAUAGGCAUUUAAUUUCAUUCUUCUAUAUAUGCAUAUCUAGUAUUGUAAGCACCAUUUAUUGAAAAGACUACGGGAUUUUCAUCAAAAAUCAGGUAGCUGUUAUGUAUGUUUGUAUUUAUAUAUUUUUUCUCUGUUUUCAUUGACCUUUGUAUCUAUUUUCAUGCCAGUUUCAUCCUAUUUUAGUUACUAUAACUUUAUGAAAUCAGGUAUUGUUAUGCCCCCAGGUUUGUAUAGGAUCACUUUGACUUCUCUGGGCCUUCUCUGGUUCCAUAUGAAUGUUAGAAGUUUUUUUUUCUGACGGUUUAAAGAAUGUCAUUGGUAUUUUGAUAGGACUUGCAUUGAAUCUGUAGAUUUCCUAGGGAAUAUGAAGAUUUUAAUGUUAAUUAUUCUAAUUCAUGAACAGGGGAUGUCUUUACAUUUUCAUGUGUCUGACGAUUUAUUUCAGCAGUGCUUUAUAAUUUUAUUGUGAUCUUUCACUUAUUUGGUUGUAUUUAUUACUAAAUAGUUUUUGUAGCUAUUAUAAAUUUAGGUUUCUUUUUUCCUGUUUCCUACUUUUUAUUUAAAAUACACAAAUUUCAUAUACUUCAUAUAUAGAGGUUCAGGAAGAUGGUGAUACUUUCCACUCAACUCUCCAUCCCACCCGUACUCCCACCCGUACUCCCACCCUCCUUCCUUUUCCGUAUCCUAUUCCCAUUCUUACUUUUUACAAAGAUCUUAAACUAACCUUUACAGAGGAUCAUUAUUGGUGUGUAAGAAUGCAACUUUUUUUUUUUACAUUGAUUUGGUAUCCUGUAACUUAUUGGUUUAUCACUUCCAACAUAUUUUUACUGCGGUGUUUUAAGUUUUUCCGCCUAAAAUCAGUUCUUCUGAAAAAACAGGUAUUUUGAUUUCCUCCUUCCCAAUUUUCAUCCUUUAUUUCUUUACCUGAGUACUCUAGUGAGUACUUGAGAUACUAUAUUGACUAAGAAUGGUAUAUGUGGAGUUCUUAUCUUGUUCCUAAACUCUGGUGAAAUAUUUUCAGCUUUUUCCCAUUCAGUAUGAUAUUGGCUAUUGUUUAUCAUAUAGCUUUGAUAAUUUUGAAGUAUAUUUCUCCUGUACCUUGUUAGUAUAAUUUUUUUAAUCAUUAAGGGAUUUUGAAUCUUGUGACGGAAGCAUUCCCUGAAUCUGUUGAGAUGUUCAUUUAUUUUUUGUUGUUCGUUCUGCUGAUGUGAUUCCAUUGAUUUUUUUAUAGAUGUUGAACCACACUUGCAUUCCUGUGAUAAAACACACUUUGUCAUAUUACAUGUUGUGUGUGUAUAUAUGUAUAUAUAAUACAUAUGUGUUUGUGUGUAUAUAUGUAUAUACCAUACAUGUGUGUAUAUGUAUAUAUCAUACAUGUGUAUAUAUGUAUAUAUCAUACGUGUGUGUGUGUGUGUAUGGUAUCUUUUUGAUGCAUUGUUGCAUUCAUCACGUUUGCAAAGCCUCACAGCCUAGAAAGUGGUUGAAAUAAGAAAGCUUGAACUCACUACCCAUGCUUUUUCAAUCCCAGAAAAUCCAAAACAUUUUCCCUAGGCCACAGAAUGACAGACUGUACUAAAGAAAAUAUUCAAAACCUAAUUCCAGGGACUGGCACCGUGGUGUAGUAGGCUAAACCUCCACCUGCAGCACUGGCACCCCAUAUGGGUACCAGUUCAUGUCCUUGCUACUCCUAUUCCAAUCGAGCUCUCUGCUGUGGCCUGGGAAAGCAGUAGAAGAUGGCCCAAGUGCUUGAGCCCCUGCACCCAUGUGGGAGACCCGGAGGAAGCUCCUGGAUCCUGGAUUCAAUUCAGCCCACCUUUGGCUGUUGUGGCC